GUUCUGUGUUGUCUUUAAAUGAAUGUAUUAUGAUAUUUUUCUCUGAGCUUAGACUGGGUUCAGCUUCGCAAUUCAAGCUUUGAAGCUAAGCUAUCAUCUGCCGUCUAAAAGUCUGACUGAUUCCAGGUUAUAUGUAUUCCAGGGAACAAAUUAUCUCCCCUAUUGAGCCUGUUAUUUUUCUUUGAAAGCCAUUUAGAGUCCAUGUUCUCAUAAAGUUUCUUUAUAUAGAAGUAAAUUUCGUUGAAUUAUAAACCCGAACAGUCAUCGAAUAUCGACAAAAGUCUAAGUGACCUACAAGAAAAACGGCAAACCCGAAUACUCAAAACGUAAUUUGCAGUGAAAGAAAGCUUUGCUUGCGUAGCAAACAAUACGAGUUCAAACUCGAAGUCAACCCACAAGUUACUAUAGCAGAGCCAACUUACGAUAGAAAACAACCUUGUUUAGUUGUGGACAACUCUUAACUGUUAUUCACAGAAUCCUUAGCUGGGGAGAAUCUUCGGGCGUGUAAGCCGGACAGACCCGAAUUUAGCUCAAUUAGCAGACAUUUCAUAGUGCAGAAAGAUGAAGGACAGAUUGUCGGCUCUGAAGGCGAAUGGAGGCGAAGACGAUGACAAUGAUGACGUGGCACUUCCCAUGGACGGCAACUCGAAAUUCAUGGAAGACUUCUUUAGCGAGGUGGACAAGAUCCUUCAAAGCAUAGACUCAAUCCAGAGCAAAGUGCAGAAGGUGAAGGACUUACAUGAUCGCAUGCUGGCUUCGCCCCAGGCGGAGGAGCAGGACAAGAACGAACUGGAGAACCUCAUGAAUGAAAUCAAGUCCAGUGCCAACAGAGUCCGAAAAUCCCUCAAAACAAUGGAAAGCAACAUAGAAAAAUCUGAAGCACAAGACAGGGAAAAGAGUUCGGCCGACCUGAGGAUUAGAAAAACACAGCACUCCACGCUCUCACGCAAAUUCAUAGAGGUAAUGUCAGACUACAACAAGACACAGAAUGACUACAGAGAGGGGUGUAAGAACAGAAUCCAGAGACAACUGGAGAUCACGGGCAAGAAGACGACCAGUGAUGAACUGGAACAGAUGCUCGACUCAGACAACCCCAAUGUAUUCAGCCAACAGAUAGUGAUGGAUGACCAGCAGGCGAAGCAGGCUCUGGACGAUGUGCAGCAGAGACACCAGGAGAUCCUUAAGUUGGAGAACUCCAUCAAGGAGCUGCACGACAUGUUCAUGGACAUGGCCAUGCUAGUCGAGAGCCAGGGCGAGAUGAUAGAUAGGAUCGAGUACAAUGUAGAACAGUCUGUGGACUACGUAUCUAAGGCCACUCAAGACACUAAGAAAGCAGUCAGAUACCAGUCCGCCGCCAGAAGGACGCAAAUCAUCAUAGCAAUAGUGGUGGCAGUCAUAGUUUUGAUCCUCAUUGUCCUUCUCCUCACACUACUCCGGAGUGUCGGAAUCAUCGACUGAUUAGUAGUGAACUCAAUCGAACUGAAUUGAAUCAAAUCAAAUCAAAUCAAAUCAAAAACACAAUAUCAAACCCAUCUGAGGUGCAAGUGUAUCAUAGUUGCAUCCCUAAACGCUGAAGCAUAGAGUAUCCGUAACCUCGGUAGUAUCAAAGGCUACCAAGUUAUCCAUGGGUAGACAGUUAGGAUCAAUUUUCUUAAAGGCGGUUUCUUAAGUCUAUUUAAGUUUGUCGGCCUAUCGCCAAAUUGACCGGCCACUUUCCAUUUUGGCUUUGAGGACCCAACUAAUGUACUUGUGCCCCAUUUGAGUUAAGUUGGAAUUAUCUGAACUCAUAGAGUGCUAGACUUCAAUUUUUUGCUGCUUCAAUCUUCUAGAAAUGGAACAAUUGUUGAUCAUUUAGCAUAUCGCAUAAACUUGUACGAACCCAGACAGCCAGAUUUAAAAAAUAAGGAUAGCCGGUUACCGUGCAAUUAGCACAGAAUGUUCCGACCAUAGUUUAAAAAAAUACAAUAAAUUUUUUUUUUCAAAUCGUCGUUUUUUCUGCGUGGUUUGAUAAAAGGAUCUGAACCUAAAACUAAGAGCUUUUCAAAUGGUCGGAACAAUGAUAAAAUUACCGAAAUAUAUGUCAUACCAUCGACAAUAAAAAUAAACCAAAAAAAAUAGAGAUUGUGCGUACAAUUGGAUUGCAUUCUUUGAACCAUUUCUUUUCGUAAAUUUAUAAUUAUCUAAUGUGAUUGCUAGUAGUGUGUUGCUCAGAUGUAUGCACAAAACAACCGAUUGUUAGACUGUUACUUAGACCGAAUUAGGUUAUUGCACAAUUGGUUUACAUUAUUUUAAAUUAGUUUGCGGCAAUUGUUUGUAUGAAUUUGUAAUUUAUUGCAAUAAUUUUCUAUAUUUGUAGAGCUUUAUUUGUAUCUUUUCUAUAUUGUUUUGUUCCUUUUCUAAAUCGUUUUCGUGGAAUCAUAAAUUUGCUUCCGGUAAUGUAUUCGUAGAAUAGACAAAUUAUAAACAUA